AUGUUUCGGGUCAACUCGGUCCUCGUGCCCUGCCUCGCCCUCAGCGCGCUUGGAGACCAGUACAUUACAAUGUGUCGAAACGGGGCGGGUGUCGCCCUGAAUUCCGGUCUCUCGGCCGUCGCGCUCCUCCUGCUGGAUUUCCCGGGCGCCGCCGCCCAGCAGCUUGUCAACUAUGUCUACCCACACGAGCUGCUUGGGCUGAGCACGGCGUGCUUUGCCGCCGUCAACACCACCGUGUCUUCCUGCCCCAGCUGGCUGGCACCACAUUCCGGGCUGAGCCGUGUCAGUUUCGAGAUGCUCAAGACGCCCCAGCUAACGGCCCUCUGCGGUGGCUCCUGCCAGACUGAACUCACGGCACUGCAGUCCACCAUUGCUAAGGCUUGCACUGGAAGUAGUGAUGUCAUGGUUUAUGAUGACCAUAUCGCAUAUCCAGCUACCUUUCUUGUCGACCGCUUUUUGUUCGCGGCAAGCCUGUCAUGUCUCAAAGAAUCUGGCACCGGCCUCUACUGUGACGAGGUCGUGAGCUUAUGGCCCAACGAAACCGAAACAUGGACCGAGGCCCAAAGGUGCCACGAGUGCCAACUGGGCAUCAUGAAGCAGCAGUUGGCCUCGCCGUUUGGGUACGAAGAAGACGAGGCGGCCGACUACGCCAGUACCACGUCGAGCUGCAGCAAAACGCAGUACGCCUUCGCGACGCCGACGUCCUACGCGCUCAACUCAACCACUCCCUCGCCCUCGCAGCCCACGUGUGGCCCGGAUGCAAGCGGAUCGUAUACCGUUCAAGACGGAGACUCGUGCAACUCCAUUUCCGAGGCGCAGGGCGUUGCCACCGAGGCGUUCAUCUCCAUUAACGACAUAGAUCUCGGCUGCAACGAUAUUCCCACUGUCGGGACUUCGCUUUGCCUGCCCAAGAAGUGUAAAGUCCGCGAAUUGGGGCUUGGUGACACGUGCGAGUCAAUUAUAGAGGAAGAGGGAAUCACGCUUGUAACCAUCACCGACGGCGGCACGUGCGCCGCGGCGUCGGUCGCCUUCGGCAUCACGCUCGACGACUUCUACUUCCUGAACCCGCAGGUCGACUCUUCAUGCUCGAACCUGUGGCUCGGGUAUGCGUACUGCGUGGCCGCCGUCGGGGACAUCCAGACCUACCCGGGCUACCCCGUCACUGCGCCAGCCACCUCAUUCACGCGUCCGCCGGCGGAACCGGAGCCCACGUCGACGUUUGAGCUGCCGCCGCCUGGUCCGCGCGCGUCCGGCACGAUAGAGGAUUGCUUCUUUUACGAGGACGCCUGGCCUUUCGAGUUCGUUGCGGAGAAUCCCGGGUGGAACUCUUGUGAAAGAUGGGCCAAGUAUGGGGGCGUGACGGUCGAGGAGCUGGUGGCGUGGAACCCAAGCCUCGAGGGGGUCGAGUGCGAGCUGAAAUCCGGGUUCAGCUAUUGCGUCCAGAAGGAGGUAAUUGACCACAAUGAUGGGGAAAUCACCACCACCACCACCACCUCCUCCUCCGCGACUGGGACGAGCCCUGGGCAGACCUCCACGACGGCCCUUCCCUCGCCCACAACUGGGCCUUCACCCCCGGCCGAGACGCAACCGGGCGCCAUCGAGUCGUGCAAGACGUGGUACGUCGUCGUGCCCGGGGACGGGUGCUGGGCUAUCUCGAACCAGUACGGCAUCGCACUCGACGAUUUCUACAAGUGGAACCCGGCUGUCGGCUCCGACUGCGGCAAGCUGUGGCCGGACUAUGCGGUAGUCACCUCAUCGGGGGCUCGCACGCUCUCAUCUGCCCGUCUUGUGAGGCAGCCUCUUCACGCACCAUCAGCCGCAGCGCCCAAGAACAGACCCGCGCCGCCCCCGCAGCCCUCAUUCGUGCCGACACGGGGUCUUCGGGCUCGCCCCUUUGUCACCCCGGCCAGCUGCAGCACGCCCCCAAUGGCUGCGACAGAGGCCGGCGCUGAAAAGUCCACCGAGCUUGCAGGAAUCGACAAGGGCCUCGCCUGCUGGGAGCAACGCCACCCCGCCGCGCCCUGGGGCAUGGCCGUGUUCCGCACAGACUACGGCGACGACGACGCCUGGCGGCGCGUCGUCGCGGCCCUGCAAUCCAAGAUCCCCGACUCACUCGAGCUGUACAGACGCGAGGACCUGCUCGCGCGCCACAGGCUCGUCUUUGUCGAGGACCGCGCCGCGCUCGACGGCGCCAGCGUGGCCGACGUGCGAGAGCGCUUCGCCCGCUGGUCGCUGGAGGAGGCGCGGCGCAACACGGGGGAUGAUCCCGUUUUGGAUCACGAGCAGGAUUGUUUCGCCGGUGUGCGGUACAAUUACUGCCUCGUAGUGGACAAGACUUGCCUCGAUGCCAUAGAACGGCCCGGGUUCGCCGAGGCGGUGCUGCUCAAGCUUGUGGCCAAACGCCACGACGAGGGGAUUAAGCCGGAUUAUGAUGAAGAGGACAGGCCGCACCCGGGCUGGGACGGGGGCACGACGGACAACGAGCUGGAGAACGUGGGCUGGAUGUACGUGGAUGCGGGCGACUACGUCAACGUCUGCCACUUACUCAACGACCCGGAUGUCUGGGAGGACGACUUUGUAUAUGUGCGUCCCGUGCGCAUCACGCCCCAGGCGAGUUCUAUAUACGACAUCAACGUUUGGGGUGGAGAUCCUGACCACCCCGAGACUAUUAAAAAAAAGAGAGAAAAGCCCGAGCGUUGGUAUUGA